AUGAGCUCCUCCACCGACCCAAAGACCACUUCAAAAAUCAAUCCCAAACCCACCGAGGAGAUACCAUCCUCUCCCAACCCCCAAGACCUCCCCAAACCGAAACCCAAAGCCUGCUAUCUCCCCCGAAUCACCCCCAUCAUCCCAGGCCUGUACCUCGGCAACCUCCCCGGCUCCCAAACCACCUCCCUCCUCCAAACCCACCACAUCACCGCCAUCGUCUCGCUCACCACCGUCCCCAACGUGCAAAACCACCCCGCCACCCUCGCCGCCGGCAUCCCUCGCUCACGCCACCAAUGGGCCCUCGUCAUCGACUCCUCCGUCCAAGACCUCCUCAUCUUCAUGACUGACAUCUGCGACUUCAUUGACCGUAUGGCGCCGCCUGUUCUUCAAUCCGCUACCUCCCUCCCAACUCCCACCGACCCCACCACACAACCCCCCAUCGAUCCUGAACCCAGCCAUGGCGAGGCCGGGACCGGAAACGUCCUCGUACACUGCGACCUCGGCCGCUCUCGCUCCCCCACGAUCAUCAUCGCAUACCUGAUGCGGAAGUUUCGGAUUGGCGUCGACGAGGCAUUGCGGUUCGUGCAGGCCAAGCAGAAGAUUAAGCCUAAGGAGGGGUUUCUGCGGCAAUUGAAGGUGUGGGAGGAUACGGGGUAUCAGAUUUGGGGGAUCGGAGGGGAUGGGAAGAGGGUGGCGAAGGAGGCGUAUAGGGUUUGGUUGGGGGAGAGGAAGGUGCGGUUGAGGGAGAUGGGGUUCUAA